AUGGCUCCAGCACAGGACAGUACUGAGAAUAACGCUUCAUAUACAUACAAAGUCACUGUGAUUGGAAGUGGCAAUUGGGGCAGUGUUGCUUCUAAGCUUAUCGCCUCCAAUGCUCUCACCCUCGCUUCCUUUCAUGAUGAAGUUAGGAUGUGGGUGUACGAGGAGACGUUACCUAGUGGCGAGAAACUCACAGAUGUUAUCAAUCGAACUAAUGAAAAUGUUAAAUAUCUCCCUGGAAUUAAGCUUGGAAAAAACGUAGUUGCAGAUCCAGACCUUGAAAAUGCAGUGAAAGAUGCCAAUAUGUUGGUGUUCGUGACCCCACAUCAAUUCAUGGAAGGGAUAUGCAAGAAGCUAACUGGGAAAAUUGGGACAGAUGCAGAGGCUAUUUCCCUAGUGAAAGGUAUGGAGGUCAAGAUGGAAGGACCAUGCAUGAUCUCUAGUCUCAUCUCCCAGCAACUAGGAAUCAAUUGUUCUGUUCUUAUGGGAGCCAACAUAGCAAAUGAGAUAGCCGUAGAGAAAUUUAGUGAAGCAACAGUUGGAUAUAGGCAGAACAAGGAUGUUGCAGAAAGAUGGGUUCAAUUGUUUAGUACUCCCUAUUUCAUUGUCACAGCUGUCCAGGAUGUUGAAGGAGUGGAACUGUGUGGAACUCUGAAAAAUGUUGUCGCCUUGGCUGCAGGUUUUGUUGAUGGCUUGGAAAUGGGAAACAAUACAAAAGCAGCAAUAAUGCGACUUGGUCUGAGAGAAAUGAAGGCAUUUUCGAAGCUGUUGUUUCCGACUGUUAAGGACAGCACUUUUUUUGAGAGUUGUGGUGUAGCUGACCUUAUCACGACAUGCUUGGGUGGAAGAAACAGGAAAGUUGCUGAGGCUUUUGCAAAGAAUGGAGGGAAGAGGUCUUUCGAUGAGCUUGAAGCAGAGAUGCUGCAGGGGCAAAAGUUGCAGGGUGUCUCCACUGCAAGAGAAGUUUAUGAGGUUCUGACACAUCGUGGAUGGCUGGAGUUGUUUCCCCUCUUCUCAACCGUGCAUGAGAUAUGCACUGGCCGCCUUCCCCCAUCAGCCAUAGUUGAAUACAGCGAGCGGUAACCCAGAUCCUCAUGACCUAAUGCUAUGGAAAAUAAUGGUUUCUUGCAGCA